UCGGAAGCAAUACUGGCAGCGGUGCCACUGGUGCACCUCGUUCUCGGGCAGAAAGGUCUCCUAUUAUUCAAUCCACACACAUAUCGACGUGUAUUCCUAGUGUCGGCAGCUUCGACAUUGCCUUGGCAUUCAAGUCCUCACAGAUCACAUGAUCGCGUUGUGUCGCUUGUCCUGCCGCAAUCUUCCACUUCAGUCUCCCAGUGCACAAUGCGAGAAUCCGCAAUCUGUCUUGUUCUGCUCCCCAGUAUCGUGAUAUCCGCCCGAAGCAGAACAUUCAUUGAGUGGCCGCCCGCGGAACAACGAGACCUCACUUCCCCCUCUUGCGCGCGGAUGUACUGUGUCUGAGACCGUUGGUGCUACUUAAGACUGCUGGGGACCGGGCGGAGUCUGUGUCAGCUCUCACUCUCAGCAUAUACAGCACCAUCAUGACCACCGAAGAAUAUGGCUCACUCGUGCCGGCUGUCUGCGUCAACCUGUUGUUGUACACACUCGAAUUCGUGAUGGCCUGCGUCUUCCUCUCGCGUCGGGCGAAGGAGGGGCUGCCGGUUGCGUCUUCCUCUACUUUUGGCAAGACACUCACUGGGGUACUGUUCUCUACACUGUUUCCGGCAUGUGGACUGACACACUACGCAGGGGAUAACGACGAGGUGCAAGGCCGGUUCUGGAAGCUCCUCAUCGGCACUCUGGUCUGGGCACUGCCUCGACUGCCAUCGCCCAGUCUUACCUCCUGCAAAAGUUCUGGACCAAGUGAGUGCUCCCCUCCGUGGCGUGGUCUUUGCUCAAUCAGGGUCAAGUAUCCCGAACCAUCUCAUCGGCACGGCCCUGAUUGUCUCACUUCUGGUUGUGACACUUCUGGGUCCGUCGCCUCCGUGGCGGUUUGCGCAUACAUGAGCAGUGGACCAAUGCAGAGCAACUCGUCCGUUCAUCUGUCUCGUCACGGCGUUCGGCAUAACGUCGAUCUCCGUUUGCCACGCAUCGCCGUCAAGUCUGUGGCCAAGAGAAACUUCAUCGUCCGCGGCUGGAAAGCAUUUGUCAGCACUGGGAUGCCGGGUAGCAUCAUUUGCAUCCUCGCUCUGGUUGCGGGGUUAUGGGAAAGCACACCACCUGCGGUAGACAUCAUCGCGCUCUACUUCGUUCUUGCCCGGGUGUACUCGUGCACGAUGCUCUUCACCAUGCACUAUCCACUUCCGAUCCGCAAGUCGAUGAUCCAAGAUCUGGUCAAUACGUCCGGCGCCCAAGGCACUUUGCUCUCACGUUCCCCUUCCCCGGAUAUCUUUCUCAAGUCCGAAAGGGGCACCCAGCCCAAGGAGGGAAACGUGCAGUCUUGGUACAACAUUGACCUGGGUGAUGGGGCGAUGCGCACCAGCCGUAGUGCACCGGAGAACACAAUGGUGACAGCAGGAUGUGAACCGCAGAAGCAGCCGUGUAUCAGAAGCGUUGAGGUCGGUAGCGUGUCAUUCCUGUUUGGGAUCGUUGGUCUCGUCUUUUUGUACCCCAUUGCGGAUGUUUUCGUUCUCGUCAUCCAUAACACGCACCAUCGAGCCAGCCAUUACGAGUGA